GCCCUCACGGCAGCUCUCGAGCCCCAUCCUGAGCCCCACACCUGUCCUGAGCUCCCACGCCCCUUCCGGAGCCUCUUCCGGAGCCCCUCAGACCCCUCCAAUCCCCUCACACCAGUUCUUAAGCCUCUUCCUGAGUCCCAGAGCCUUCCGGAGCUCCUCUGACCCUUCCCAAGCUCACCCAUCCCUUUCCGAGCCCCUCGGAUCCCUCAUCUCCCUCCUCAGAUCUCCUCCUGAGCCCUCCCACCGGUUCCCGCCGCUCGGGUCCCCGGGAGCGGCCCGGGCCCGGGCCGGUACAAACGGAGCCUUUCGAUGGGCCCCGGUGCGCGCGUUGGGCUGCAGCUAGAGGAGCCGGAAACGUGUGCUGUUUUCAUGCUGCCCUGAGGGAGAAUCCACAGACUAUGGUCAGCUGGUGCUCAUCCACAGUGGCUUGUGGUAGCACCAAGUGUACUGCGAGUCUCAGCACGGACUAGAUCAGCUGAUGGCAACAAGGAACACAUGUGGAAGCCAGGAACUGACUUUGCAACAAUGAGAAGUCUCACCCGCCCACUGCUUAGGAGGCUAUUAGAUCUCUCAUCUAAUUGUGUGAUAGGGAGAUUGAGUCAAACUAAAGGUCCUGUCCUGAGUUCCAAGUGGUCACCUCUGAGGCAGAGCUGCAGUGCAAGACCAGGGCCUGUAACUGCCACCGAUGUGGUCAACUACUGGCAGACGGUAUUUGAGACAAAUGGGAUCCCUGAAGCACGAGAAUCCAGUGAAUAUAUUGUGUCAUUCGUCCUCGGAGCAAAAACAUUUCAGAGCUUGAACUCCAAAAGCCUCCACACUCCGCUUACAACAGUGCAACAGGAGCAGAUCCAGCAGCUGAGCAGGAAGCGACUGGAAAGAAUGCCGGUGCAGUAUGUGCUCGGUGAGUGGGACUUCCAGGACUUGACUCUGAAGAUGAGACCCCCAGUAUUUAUUCCUCGGCCUGAAACAGAGGAUCUUGUCUCUUUAGUUGUGGAUGAAGAAUCUCAGAAACAUGAGAAGAAUUCAGGUCUCUGCUUCCCAGUUCCUGCCCCUCAUCCUGUGAUCCUGGAGGUUGGCUGUGGCUCUGGGGCAAUCGCUCUGAGUCUGUUGUGCAGACUGCCACAGAGCCGGGUGAUUGCCGUGGAUAAAGAGAAGGCUGCUGUGGACCUCACGAGGGAGAACGCACAUAGGCUGCAACUCCAUGACCGGAUCCACAUCCUCCACCAUGAAGUUUCAUACAGUUCUGCCAAGCAGCUCCUGCCCUGGGGCCCCAUCGACUUCAUAGUCAGUAACCCCCCGUAUGUCUUCCAUGAAGACAUGGCCUCCUUGGAUGCAGAAAUCCUCCGCUAUGAGAACCUCGAUGCACUGGAUGGGGGAGAUGAUGGGAUGAGGGUCAUCAAAACCAUUCUGGCUAUGGCUCCUUCUCUUCUGAAGAACUCUGGGAGUGUGUUUCUGGAAGUUGAUCCCAGACACCCAGCUAUGGUGGAGAACUGGCUACAGGCACACCCCAACUUAUCACUCGUUCUUCAUGCUGUUCACAAGGACUUCUGUGGCAAGCCUAGGUUUCUGCACAUCCAAAACCAAAGCACAUGACAACUGUCCCAGAUAAAACUCUUCUUGCGGCUGAACAGCUUGUUGAAGACUCUGUGUGGCAAAAGGCGCCUCCACUUCACUCCCCAGUGCACUGGACAGCCCAGGCAGAGCCCCUCACUUCCCGAUGGAGGCUUAAGCCAGAGAUGCAGAAGUUCAGCAGAGCACAUAGAAGUGUUCCACCUUCCUCGAGGAAGUGCAUGCAACUGUUUAGAUUGUUCUGCUAAAGUGACUCAAUCGCUGAGCCCAAUGUGGAAGAGUCCACAGCUCCAAGUAUUUCAUCAAAGAUAGGUCCAAACUCUGGCUUAUAUUGGCACGUGGACUUGCAGGUACCACCGGCACGGUUCAAAUUCAGUUCUGUUCCAGGAUCCUGAUGCUCAGGAGUAAAUGUCCAACAGUCACGUAGCCUUUGUUCCCCAGCCCUGCUGAGUGACAUGUCGCUGAAGGAUCAGUGCACGUUACACUCUCUGAAUCUACAGCACCUGAUGCUUUGUGGGAGCUGCCAGAAACUAUCACAACAUUGUAAUAAAGAUAGUGCUUCAGAGCAGUAUCCUCACAAGAACUGCUGUGCAAUUAUGUUUUCAAACAUGCUAGCAGGCCUGAAUAAACAUCUGGCACCCACACAGUGCCUCUGAUAGCGAUAGAAAUGCCUGACUUCCCUGCCAGGCAUUUAAAUGCAAGACUUUACAAAGAAGCCCUGAAUCGCUACUUGGGUUUUGCAGAUGGAGAAGUUGAAAAACGAGGUGAAAUGACUUGUACAAAAUUUGGAAACAGGCUAAGUUUGGAGUGGGACUCAGUCUUGUGACAGCCGUGGGAAUAGCUGAGGUCUGUUUCUUCGGGAAGGAUGACUCAGAGUAGGGCUGCCUGAAACAGCACUGAGAGAAGCCCCUGAAAUGGACAGUCAACAUCAUGACAUUAUAAAUAACAGAAAGAUUAAAUGCAAGCUGCUGCCUGUUGCUGCUGUUUUUGGCAUUGCAGACUCCCCUCCUGACCAUAGCUAGCCAGGGAAGCAAGGAAAGAAAGCAAACCAAAGGAUCAGGACCUACCAGUCCCAGUGGAAGCCCUUGCUGGGCCUGUCGAGGUGAGCGCUCAGUGGGGUCUGGAGGUGUCCAGGCAGUGAGAGGUGCUGUCAGACCCUGUCCAGGCUUACCUGGGCUGCAUAGCCAGAAACAUCAGAUAGGAGCUGUGUCAGCAAGCUGUGUCUGUUUAGAAGGCUGCAGCAGACUAGGAGGACUUCACACGAGCGCUAACAUCUAGUGCUUUGCCCCUCUACCUCUCCCAUGCUCAUGCUCCCCACUCCUUCAUUUGUUCUUUAGCUCUUGAACAUUGGCCCUGUUUUCCCACAGAUACCCGAGCUCCCUCUGAUGUACCAGCGCUUGGGUCUCAGCUGGAUCCUCUCCCCCUCCAGGAUUUUACAGCUCUGUUUGCAGCCUGGCCUGUACCCCACUGUACCACUCAGCCCUGCAUUUCUCCUCCCCACCACUCUCCACACCGCAGUAGUUUGCCAUGUCCUGUACACUCUUUACUUGAAGUUGUGAGUCUUCUCUGAACUGCAGUACCUGCCCUGGUUAAACACAGGAGAGGAAAUCUAGAGAACUAAAACCAUUCAGUUAAAGUGCACUUAAUCCUCAGUUUGGCAUCAAAGAUUCAGCACAGCUCUUUUUUGGCAGCUUUGCCUGUACAAACUGUAGUCAAAGAGGUGUUGUUCUGUUUGGUUGUUUGUUGGUUUGUUUGUUUUUUGAUAGGGUCCUUUUUUUAUAUUGAGUUUGUCAGCCUUAUUUCUUUAAAUUUAACUUUUAAACAGAGUUCACAGAUUCUGUCUUGGUGCUGGCAACGUUCAUGUAUGAAAUGGAGCAUCAUGCACUGCUCACUUCUGCGGGAUGCUUUAAGAGCUGGAUGGUUUACUGGGUUACGAGGGUGUUAAAUGGCAUCACGUUGCAUUCUCCAAGGGGUAGGCUGGCUCCCUGCGACAGGCUGGAAUUAGCUGUCCCUCCGAGGGCGCUGGUGGCUGGGCUGCAGAUAGCCGAGUGCCUCUUCUCAGAAGCAUCAAUCACUUGUCACUGCUCUGAAGAUGACACGGUCUGUUAGCCAGACUCUUGGUCUAAUCUGAGAGGACGAGCAUUAAAUUCCUAUACUUAAAGGAAUAAUAAAAAUGCUUGGAUUUCUGUGGGUUUGCAUGGUUAUACGUCUUGGAAAAUCACAUGGUGCUGCUGAGCUCAGAAAGACGAAAAUGGAGAGAAAUUAUUUUUGCUCCCAAGAGGGUGGGUUUAUUUGUCAGACUCGCGUCUGAGGGAAUGUGCUGGUGCAGAACAAAGUGUUCUUUGGUGCAGAAUGCAUGUUGGCCCAGGCUCAUUUUGGUACAGAAACACUGCAAAGCUUUUUGGGGAUGGUGGUUCUAAGAAGCCACGUGCGCUCCCAGCACCCUUGCUGAAGCUCUGGACCGUGUCCGUGUUGUCUUUGUGCCUGUGCGCAGGAGGCUGGGCCGGUGCCAGCAGCGCCCGGUGCACGUGAGCUCUGCAGAGGCAGAGCUGCUCCCUGAAGCCACAGAGGGCUGAUGCUUCGGUCAGUUUUUACGUAAUCCAGUUUCUGACAUACGUGUAGUUUUCUGGGAACUUAACUGUAUCCAAACAGUGAUUUAUGCCCUGCAGCGGUGCUUUCAGAGAGGCUCUGUUUUCCUCUAGGACUCUGAAGAGUGUGGUUGUGUGCGCGCGUGCUCACGUCUGUGUUUUGGAGAGUUACCAGGUGCGAAAUAUCAACUGGGAUCAAACUGGCCUUUCCAGGAGGCGGUGGUGAAGGCUUGGCCUUUGGCAGAGCCCUGCAGAUGGUGCUGUGGUCCCAGCUUAGCGGUGUCUGCUGGAGCACAGCCCUUCCCGCUGUGUGGGGAGCAUGGCGAGGGGCAGUACCCCAGAGAGAGAACCUGGGGCAGCAGAGGGGCUCCGUGGAGAUGCUGCUGCCAGGUGGGGCUUUAACCUCUAUUCCUGUGCCGGUAAAAGAAAGCUUUGGAGAGGGAUCACAUAGAGAAGCUGGGAGGGAACCUCACAGCUGUGAUACAGGACUGGGGUUGUACCUCAUGGUGUUAAUGGGAAGCCUGGAGCUGCCCUAGCACUGUGUUAAUCCCUGGGUUUGGGCAAUCUCUAGUGUUGUGGAGGACAGAGCUAGAGCACCACCCUUGUUCUGGUGCAGCUUCCAUGUAAGCACCUUGAAGCGCAAGUACUACCUGUGUUUUCAGUCCUCCACCCAAGAUGUGGGGUGAAAGGAGCUUUCUCAGGGACUUUAGGGAGUCAAAGGAACAUGUUUAACCUUCACAGUGCUCUCAGCUGAGCCUGUGCUCGUGUAGGUAUGAGCCUUCUGUCCGGGUGAGGAUCUGACUGAGGUGACCGGGGGUUUGGGGAUUACUGGCCAGCACUCAGUCCCUUGAUGCAGCACCGUGUGUUGGACUGGGCUGGGAGAGAGCUUGACAGCCAUCUAGCCCAACUGCCCUGUGCAACUCAGGACCUGGCUUACAUCAUUCCUGACAAAUGUUUGCCCAGCCUGAUCCAAAAGGCUUCCAGUGCUGAUAAGGACUUUUGCGUGCAAUUGGUUCUGGUGCUUUCUUGUUCUUCCUGCCAGGAAGUUAGCUUUUGCACCUAGUGUUCCGUGCUGCCAUUAAAGUGGACUACGUCUUCUCCUGUCCUGAGGUGGAGAACAGCUGGUUCUCCUCAGAGCAGCUUCUACGCGUUGGUCUAUUCCCGUGUUUCCUUGCAGUCUUCAUUUCCAAGGGAAAGAACGCCAACACUGUGUGGUUUCUGUAGGCUGCUCACACAUCCCUCCUCCCUGAGGUGUGGAGCGGGUGCUGGAGGGUGGUGGGCUUUGGACGUGCGAUACUUGUGCCUAUGAUGACUGGAAUAACAGAGCUGCUCCGGCUCAGUACAAGGGAGGAGUCGUUUUCCAAGCAGUGAAGACCAAGCCAAAACUUGCAUUAACAUUUUGUUUGUCUGGGAAAGUUUUCAAAAGCUGUAUUUAAGUUUUAAUAAACUACUAUUUCUACUCCAGAUGGCAUCGAGGGCGACAAAUACCCGGUGAGAGAAGGCUUCUCUCUCACAGUGCAGAAGAUGAUGAGAUACCAAGAGAGACUUUAUCCACUUUCCAGCCUAUCUCCUCUUCCAUGGGUGGUUUGAUAUGCUUUAAGUGUCAUUAGUUUCAGGUGUUCCACCCUGUGGGGGGUCAUGACACAAUCCUUUUCUGUCUCUUUUCCUGGCAGCUACUUGUGAAUCUCAGCAUGUUCCCUCAAGUCCUCAGUGAGAGUGUGAGAUGUGAUUUGCGUGCUGCCAUCUUGCAGCCCUGGGGUCACAGCCAAAGCAUGCUCUGCAAGUAGCAGAAGUUACUGUAGCCUCACGGAUGUUCUAGAACAUGUCCUGUUGCAGAUCCUGUUUUGGAUCCCCUGCAGGAGAGGGUAUGAUGGGUUAUGCUACCCUCGACGUAGAAGGAACGGAGCAGACCAAGGAACAUGGUAGCAGUAAGAGGCAUGAUCAUGCUAACCUGAAUGAAUCCCAUUGUGGUUUUCCUCCAGGGCUGGAUCCUGGGAUGAGGCCUUUGGGGAAUGUGGUGUGUGCAGAUGCACUGGAGAUUUUGCAAAAUCAGCAGGUUUUCAAGGAGUGUGCUCUCAAACAAAGUGCUUUAGAUUGCUUUCUCUCAUGCCUGAGGAAAGAAACCCGCAUGCCUGUGGAUUUCACUGUGGGUGGGGAUGACAAGGAAGGGGGAACCUGUUUGUAGCAGUUCCUGCCCACUGCAAGGCCUGAGUAAUUCCAGCUGUGCCCAACAGCAGCUGGGACUUGCACUCACUUCUCCAUCCAUUGUUGCUAGGUUGGAGGCAAAUAAGCUAUUAUUCCUUUGCUCCCUUUGGGAAGUGUAAUGCUGCAUUUGAUGGAAACUUGCCAGUGGUUCUGUCCUGUACUAGGAUUCACCAAAUCUGGAUUCAGAUCCCUGCUGUGUGACAAACAGCAGGCCUGACCCUGGGCUUGUUAUUGCUUACUCUGUUCCCUGCUGUUACGGUUGGAAUAAUAUCCCUUUGGUUAGAAUAAUAUCGCUUUGCUGUCUUACAGACCGUUGUAAGAGUACCUUAUAUAGAGGAUGUGGGGUACUCAGUUGCUUCCGAAAGGACUGUGACUCUCCUAUGCCAAUCUCUUCCUCAAUUACAUCCAAACGGAGCAAAGAAUGAGCCAGUUUUUAUGAACUCCACCUCAUCUGCUGCCUGGUGACAGGGCAUGCCGCCCUGCCGCAGCAUCAUCGAUCACAUUUGCGCUGCUGAUUUCCAGUGCUGCCGGUGCCAAACCCCAAAGGAUGUGGGAGGAAGCCAAAGUACCUGUAGUUUUUCUGCAGCAAAUGCAUCUCUGAGUGCGAUGAGAGCACAAUGCACAUACAAACCAGCCGGCUGCAGAGCGCUGAGCAGGAGCAUCCUGUGCGCAGCAGCAGCUGGUACACAGUGCAUGAGCGUCAAAGAUGUUGCUGUUGCGGACAGGUGGAGAGAAGAGCUGCCACACGUUGUGGUCUCCAUGGUUUGUCUCCUUUACGUGGUUGAUGUCAAAACUGCAGCUUUGACAUCAGUCUCCAUAAGAUACAAAUAAGAGACACUCAGUCUCCAUAAGAUACAAAUAGCACACAGGAGGCAAAUGGAGCAUCUCUGCUUAAUGUCUGUGCUUCAGAGAGUAACUGGAGCUUGUCUCCUCUGUUUUGCAUAUAUGCUCCAGCAUGGGUGCAGCAAGGCAUCGUUUGAUCUGCCCAUCGACUUGAUAGUGCAGUGCCUGCUGCAGUGAGGCCUUACUUGGCAACCUGAGCUGCUGCGAGAGCUGCGGGACCCAGCGAUGCUGGUAGAAGAGUGGCUUCUGCCAUCAAAAUCCUUGUUGUUUAUCUGAAAUAUUCAUCCAAGACUGUCUAGAACACGAACACAAUUGCUUGGAUUGUUGAAAAAGGCAUGAAUUAUUACAAAAUUCCUGGCGUGGCAUUUGGCUUGUGAUUAAUUACUUAGGUUUGCACAGUACUUUGAUAUUCCAGCUCUAAAUCCACAGUAAGCAGCUGCUACUCUGUUGACCUCAGUGGAGUCACCCCACUCACUCCAGUUGGGUUUAGUUGGCUCGCUUGGUGGUAUGUGGUAUUUCUAUUCUGUGAAACAAGUGUCCCAUCAUUGAAUUAAGCCUUUCCAGGAACUGGAGGCUGUUAAGCUGAUAAAUCUUUUUCUCCUUUUCCAUAUUGCUCUGCCAGUUCUCUGGGAGUGACCUUCUCACCAUCUCUUUUGACUCUGAGCUUGCUGCUUCUCUGGAGUCCCUCCCCGAGCCGUUGCAGUUUGUGGUGUGCUUGUGUUGCCAGAGUUCUCAGAAGCUUUGCCCACAGGUUGCUCCAUUUGUCUCUAAGCUUUCAGGACUCCGUUCCCCUCCCAGUAUCUUGUGUAACUCUCCCCCUGCCAAUAUUGUUGUCUUCCUUGCAUGAAUUUCUUUAUGCUGGAUAAUUUGCUAUAAGCUACUGACAGAAAAAUCUAGAUCGGAAAGGCAAUUUAGUCUUGCUUUGUUCUUCACGUGACUCUGCUGCUGCUGGGGUUUGCUGAGGUGGGAGUCACGGUGCUGGCACGUUCUCUCUUUGCUUGAGAAGAGUAGAUUAAGAUCAUACUUCACUCAAAUAAGGCUUCUUCAUUUAACGUGCACGGGUAGCGGGUGCUCUGGCUGAAAGCAGAUUUUGUACUUUAACUUCCAGGUCAGUGAGCCUUCUGUCUCGUUUGUGUCAGCAGGCAGUGGCCCUUUGUUCAGCACUACGAUUCUUUCCACCUCAGCAACGUGCACAUACACACUGCAGAUCCUGAGUUGUGUGAUAAACUCCAUGCUCAGUUCCGUAAGCCCAGCAAAUAGAUCAGCUCUUCUGUUUCAGGGCUGGAUUGUGGGUCCUGUUGACCAGUAAUAAAGCCAAGAGUAUGGAGGGAGGCAGCUACUCAUUUAGUUUGGCUUUUCCAUCUCUCCCCGCCUAUGUCAGAAAGAAAGAAAAAGGGCGUAAAUUCUUGGAGAGUGAAAAUUUUCUUUGCAGACGUGGCCUUUGUAACUGGGAGCUGGAGAGUAGAGUGAAAUUAGUCAAAUAUUAAAUACAUUAAGUAUUUAAUUUAGUAAUUAAGGUACUUUGUUACUAAGUAGGGCCAGGAUUGAUGCCAGGGUAGUCACGGGCAUGAAAAUUAAGCAUCUGGAUGAAUAGCCUAUAACCUGAAUCCUGCCUGUGCAGUAGUGGGUGCCUCCUAGCACCUUCCACUGCUGAUGGGCAGCCUGGAAGAGCAAGAAGGGGCCCCUACCCGCUGCUGACCUGCCUUUUCCUGAGCACCACUCUGGAAGGUGCGGGCGCUCACCAGUACAGCCUUGAGCGUCCAUUGGCAGAUAGUGGUGUACAUCAUCCAUGUACCAUACACUCGAUGAUCUCAAAGGUCUUUUCCGACCUAGCGAUUCUAUGAUCCCACCCAGGAGUGUGGCACUUCUUCUCAAGGUGUGACCCGCUGUGUUUCUGUGGGCAGAUAAGUGAAAGCGACUGCCUUUUUCCUUGCUCUGCUCAGCCCUGGAGCACUCUCACACCCAGCUGUGCCUGACCUCCCAUAACCUUGCUGUUUGUGCCGUGGAUCCCUGCAGAAUUCCCUCCGUCCUGAUCCUCUUGGACUUUGUCCCUAGCAAAAAAUCCUGCUCAGGCUUCUUGGAAUUAAUGUGCAUUAGCCUAACCCAGAACUGCUGUUUCCUGGGAAGCUCUGGCACUGUAAAGCUUGUUUGUUUUUCCCCCUCCUCCCUUUAAUCAGAAUUAAGUAAUUUAUUUUAAAAAUUUCCUAUGAGGACUUUGUGUCCUGGAUUCUGAGCUUUAGAAAUGUUUUGCUCUGGGAUUCCUGAGUUAUAUCCAUUUUAAGUUGCUGCACGGCUUACGCUGAGUGCUGAUUAGCUGUGUACAGCCUGGGAGCAGGUCACGGUGUGUGUUACAUGAGAAAAAACAGGCGUUAGUCACCUCUUUUUUUUCUUUGAUAAGAACAGCUGCUGCUUAAUAUGACUGAAAUGUCUUAUCUCGUUCUCUAGAACAAGAAGUCCCUUGUUUGCUGCAUAAUGAAAGUCUGGCACUGCCAUUACAAUCCCCAGCUUUUUGUCUAGAAAAGCAGGUAAUGAUUUGUUCUGUAGUAAGGAGCGAUUCAUCUUAAUGAUCUAAAAAGUAAUGAAGUGUUUCACUGCUUCUGUCAUGGUAGGGUGAGGUAGUAAUGAUGCAGGGGGGAUAAAAACCUCUGAGAUAAAAUAUGCCCAAUUUGGGAGUUCUGAAGUAAAGUUUCUGAACAAAGCUGUUCCGAGUAGCUUUGACAGGAACUUUUAUCAACAUCAGUGAUAAAAAGAAGCUAUUCCCAAGAGGUUGUUUUGAUGGUGCCUUUUUACCAGCUGUUUCUGUGCCCCAGCAAAGCCACUCUUUGUUGUGCUCCUGAGCACAGUGAGUAGAGAAGACUUGGACGUUUCAUACUAGGACUUAACCCAAGUCUCCACAGUGCAAGUCCUGAAAAUCCCUUCACGGCACAAGCAGCCCGUCUCUGGCUCCCACGCCGCAGGGGGUUGAAACUGGAUGAGCUUCGAGGUCCCUUCCAACCCAAACCAUGCUGUGCUGCUGUCCUCUCGUGGAGGAGCGUGUUUCUGUGGUUCCCCUUCAGCAAUCAUCACUGCAGCCAGACGUUGGGGAACCAAAUUCCAGUGUGGCUCGCAGCACAGGUGAAGAGUUUAUCAGUCUUAAAUAAAAUCCAUGCAGCUAUUACAUCGUAUAUCAUAGAAUCAGGGAAUAGUUUGGGUUGGAAGGGACCUCAAAGCCCAUCCAGUUCCGGCCCCUGCCAUGGGCAGGGACACCUCCCACUGGAUCAGGUUGUUCAAAGCCACAUCCACCCUGGCCUUGAACACUUCCAGGGAGAGGCCAGCUACAGCUUCCCUGGGCAACCUGGGG